ACAGCCACAUUACCGUUGAGUGAUCAAAGUAAUACACAGUCUACAACAAUUCCCACUUCAAAACAUAUUCAUCCAGAGACACUCAUCGGUUCUUCAUCUACAUUUGAUUGUGAAAAUAAUACUGAAGUAUUUAGAGAGUCCAAUGUAGAUGGUACGAAGGAUAAACUAACAAAACAACAAGAAAUCUUAGAAAAGUCAAGGCAAAUGCUAGAAGAAUCAAAAGCAAAAAAUCAACAAUUAGCACAACAAGCAAAAGCAUUUCAAAAGACAUUACAACGUAAUGAAAUUUAUUCUGCUCUAAAUCGUUUUGCUCCUCGACCGCCCAUGAAUCCACCAACACGACAAAAUGGUGAACACCGACCACCAUCAGGAAGAUUUCAAAAAUUAUCGUUAACAAAUUCGUCUUCACUCGUUUCAACUGAUUUUGUUCAACAACCACACCAGUUAAAACUAAAAAUCUCUCAUGAAAUAUAA